GCAGAAAUGGGUAAGGACUACAAUUAUGGUGGUGGAUAUCGCCCAUAUGGGUAUUCCCCAGCUCCGGCUGCACCAUCCAUGGAGAUCACAAUUAAUCAGAACCAAUCAUCUGCCUCACUACCAGCUCGCUAUGGGAAUAGCUCUUCGGGAUCGUCUCUGCCACGUCGGUGUGCUCCACCAUCAGCUCCACCACCGCCACCACCAGAGUACUGUGUGCCCGAUCAGCCGGGAUUCAAUCCGAUGUGGUUUGAUCGGUUCCCGAGACGUGAGAAUCGGGGAAUGUUCCGAUUGUGUCUGGUCGAGCUGAUGUUGGCUGUGGUAAUUCUUGGCGGUGGAAUCUGGUGUUACCGUGACACCUCCGACUAUUGCCCAUACUACUCGGCAAUCUGGACAUCCGCGAUCUACAUCAUCAACGCCAUCGUCGGAUCAGCGGCCGCCAAGAUGGGAGCUCUGAACCUCUAUAUGGCUCACUUGACACUUUCGCUAGUCUCAGUGAUGAUGUGCCUUAUUAGUGGAGGACUUUCAGCUAGAAACUGGGCUUUGGUGGGAACUUAUCAUCAUCCACGAAUCGAUAGAGAUGAAGCAUUCUGCCUUUUGGGUACUCAUGACACCAGCAGAAUCUCGUACAUAUUCUCGCAUAUGGAUAAAUAUGACUUUGCAAAAUGCCUGUGGCAGUUGAAAGUUGGAGUUGCUGUGAAUUCUGUGCAAUUUGUGAUUGCCGCUAUUGAGGUUUUUCUCAACAUUCUCUCGGCAAUUCUGUGCAUGAAGAGGACGUGUACAUCGUGCUUCUAACAACUCUUCAAUUUUCUCCAAAAAAACUCUACGGUUUCUUUUUUGUUCAUUUUAUGCCAUAUUUCUACGCAUUAUAGAUAUUUAUACGUGCAAAUUGUUCACUUUCAAUGCUUUAUCACUAUUUUUUUUAGAAAUUUUGGAAAAAAUAAAAAACUUACAAAUUUUUU